AUGUCUAGUAAAUACAGUGCGCUCCCCGAUAUUGACACUCAACCUGACGUAUACGAGACACCCGACACUGUCGAAGACGCCGAAGUUUCUGACGACGGUUUCCCCAGUAUCGAGGAACAGAACGAAGAUAUUGUCAAUGAUAAAAUUACCGUCGGCGAAGCUGUUGAUAAAUUUAAAGACAGCACCGGGGAGACUGCAGAAACAGAAUAUGAAAUCCUUCCAAGGGAUCCUGCAUUGCAAGAAACUCCUUUGCAAAAAUUGAGAAGAUUGCAGUAUGAAAUACAGGAGCUCAAUGAAGAAGUAGAAAAAAAGAAGGACGAAGCUUCAAUAAAUACACCUAAUCAUAGGGCAUUAUCGUCGCAAAUAUCGACCUUGCAAGAGGAUCUAUCUCGCAUCAGCCAAUCCUUGGGAGAUUCUGAUCCUAUAGAUGAACAGGAGGGUACAAUAAUAAAACAAGCUGAACUGGGUAAAAAGUUGGUUCAUCAAUUGCAGACUUUCAAAAAUAUUGGUAUGCCUAAGACAAACGGGACAACAAGUGAAACAAACGGAAUUGAUGAAAGUGCUAUAAGGCAUGCUCCUAAUGCCGAGGCUGGGAAAAAUGUAAGUUUGACAUUCGGUGUUGGUACAAUAUUAAGUUAUAUCCAUACUUUAGGAAAGAUAUCUGAAUUAGAUGAACGUAUUGCUUCUCUGGAGAAACUCGUAGGAACAGCUCACGGGCAAAAUUUCGAAGACCUUUCUAUUUCUAUAACAAAUACCAAUCUCAUCGCUGCUGUUGAUAAGCUUGAUCAGCAUAUGCAAAUAUUGGCGCAGCCCCGUCAUUUGGAGUCUGUUUCUCGAAAAGCAAAAACUCUUGUCGGAGAAUUAGAAAAAGUGAAUGAAUUGAAGAAUAAAGAAUUUAUGAAUGGCGGUGUCAUUGACUAUGAUACCAAAGAAAGGGUUGAUCCAUUGAUUUCCAUUGCACCAGCCUUGGUCAACCGAUUGAAAUCUCUGCAACAAUUACAUCAAGAGGCUGCGGUAUUUAGUGAUACUAUCAAGAUGUUGUCUGAUGAACAGAGCAAAAUUCGUGAUGAAUUGAAAAGUUUGAAUGAAGUUUCUGGAAAUCUUGAUAAGUCUUUCAAGGUUAAUGAGGAGACUAUUCAAAAAAAUAUCAGCACCAUGGAUGACCGAGUGACUGAUCUUGCCAAACGGUUAGAGAAAUUGGGAGUGAAAUAA